AAAACGAUAACAGGACUCCCGAGGGUUGAAGGCAAUCUCUGCGAAGUUUCUCGCCACUGAAAGGCAUCCUGCUUCCUCCCACAGCCCGGAAAAAACUGCCGGUGUUCAGGGGAAGUUGAGGAGAAAGUGACACUACCUUCUACUGCUUGGACUAUAUCCUAAAAUAAGUUGUUGGACUUUUUCUCGCGUUUUCCCUGUUCUAUUUCGCUUUUUUUCUGGUUGUGUGCAAAAGGAUUGUUGGAAAAUACUAUUACUAUCAAAAAGGCAAGCUUCUUACAGCUUGCUCCGGCCCCCCACCCCGUGUAAUUGUCUAACAUUAGCCACUGGUUUAAGGCUUUGAUGUGCCCAGAUACAUUUCUCCUCUCUCGCUGCACUGAAUCCUCCCUCCUCCAAGUCACCCAUCUCAGCCUUUUCAUUUAACAUUCACAGAGGAACGCCCCGGACUGCAAUCUUCCCCCCAUUUUCGAAAACUGCUAAAGACUGGUAGGUGAUAAUGGCCAUGGAUCGAUGAAAAAUGCUUAUUCAGUUUGUAGUGGGAUGAAGUUGGAGGGCCUGCAUACACGCAGAAUAACCGAGGACAUCGUUUGGCAACUUUUAAAAUCUCGAUCAGUCGCUUCUUUGCUGUAGAAAUAGGUGUAGCCUGCUCUGUUCAUGACGGAAACGAUGGCGCUGAGUGGACACUGUAGGACUAACCCCAAAGAGCCCGCUUCAGUUCAGAACAGUUUCCCAGAUGUUGUUGAAUUAAACGUAGGGGGGCAGGUUUAUUACACACGUCACUCAACUUUGGUGGGCACCCCGAAUUCUUUACUCGGUAAGCUUUUCUCCUCCAAAAAAGAUGCAAGUAACGACUUGGCGAGAGAUCCUAAAGGCCGGUAUUUCAUCGACAGAGACGGGUUUUUAUUCCGCUAUGUGUUGGACUACCUCCGUGAUAAGCAAGUCGUCCUCCCGGACCAUUUCCCGGAGAAAGGGAGGCUCAGGAAAGAAGCGGAGUACUUCCAGCUGCCCGACUUAGUGAAGCUCCUGACCCCUGAAGAUAUAAAGCAAAGCCCGGACGACUUCUGCCACAGCGACAAUGAAGACGGGUCCCAGGGCAGCGACCACCGGCAGUGCCCGCCGCCCUCUCUGGUCCCCGCGGACAGAAAGAGCGGUUUCAUCACGGUGGGUUACCGGGGGUCGUGCACCAUGGGCCGGGAGAGUCAAACUGACGCCAAGUUCCGGAGGGUGCCUCGGAUACUGAUAUGCGGAAGGGUGGCCCUCGCCAAAGAAGUUUUCGGGGAGACCCUGAACGAGAGCCGGGACCCGGACAGGACCCCGGAACGGUACACCUCCCGGUUUUACCUCAAGUUCAAGCACCUGGAGAGGUCUUUUGACAUGCUGUCGGAGUGUGGUUUCCAAAUGGUGGCCUGCAACUCGUCAGUCACAGCCUCGCUUGUCAACCAGCACACAGAGGACAAGAUCUGGUCCAGCUACACAGAAUACGUCUUCUACCGUGGUCAAUCUCGCUGGUCCUCCCCUCGCUGCGACUGCUGCUGCAAGAACCACAAGGGCGACGGCGAGGGCGAGAGCGGCACCUCCUUCAACGAGCUCUCCACCUCCAGCUCCGAGAGCCAGUCGGAGGCCAGCUCUCCCCAGGGAACGGUCAUCUGCGGGCCGGUCAGCCGCCAGUCACACCCCCGCACCACCGUCCAAACCCUGGACAGGCCACCGAAAAAGGGCCCCAUCGGCAUGGUUCAGCAGUCCGAGCAGCGGCGAAAGAGUGACUUGCUGCGCACGCUUACGGCGAGUUCCCGGGACACCAGCACCAGCAAGAAAAGGCCGGCGAAAGAAAAGCUGACGACCGAGGAGGAGCUGGAUAAGUGCAUUCAAGACUUCCGCAAGAUCAAGAUCCCGGAGCGGUUCCCCGAGAGGAAGUACAAUUGGCAAGCAGACCUGCUGAGAAAGUACCGCGUUUGAGCCAGGAUAGAGGGAGCAGACACACGAGGCCAAGGAUCAGUUUACAUGUUUUUUGAUCAUGACCUU